GUUCGACACGCAGCCCUCACAGCCGCCGUCUCCUACCUCUCGGCCCUUUCGCCACACGCGCUGCCCCACGCCCUCAAAUUAAUGUAUCCAAUCCUCGACACCCUCCCUUCUCUCCCCGCCUCCCAGCUCCCUCGGUUCCUUAUCACCCUAACCCCACUUGCCACCUCUUCUCCCUCCCUCUUCGCACCCCAUCUCCCCGCCCUCCUUCGCUGGCUCCCCGGUCUCAUCCUUCCCAGUGCCGACCCAGGCCCCACACCCACCGUUGCUCGUCCCUUCCCCUCCUCUUCUUCCGGCCCCUCCUCCGGCGCGUUCACAUUCCCACCAUCUCCGUCCCAUCUUUCUCCCCACUCCCACUCCUCCGGCGCGGAAGACGACCCGCAAGACGAACAGGACCUCGAAGCGGAGGAGGUGAGGAAGGCCGCGCUGGAAUUUAUGAUCAGCUUGAGCGAGGCGAAACCGGGGAUGGUGAGGAGGACGGAGGGAUGGGUCCAGCUUUUGGUUAGGGGGUGUUUGGGCGGGAUGGAGGGUAUCGAUGGAGGGGAGGAGGAGUUGAGCGGGUGGUUGGAGGCUGAUGUGAGUUUUUUGUCUUUCUUUUCUUUCGAACAGUCGCUCGACAGGCUCGCGUGCGCGGUCGGUGGGAAAGCGGUGCUGCCCGCUGCGUUCCAGUUGAUUCCCGGCAUGUUGGCCAGCCACGAUUGGAGGUUGAGAUAUGCGGGCUUGAUGGCCAUCGCGGCGGUAGGCGAGGGAACGAGUAAGGUGAUGCAGAAUGAGCUGGGGAAGGUGGUCGACUUGAUCCUCCCGCUCUUCAGCGAUCCUUAUCCGAGAGUGCGAUAUGCCGCUUGUCAAUGGGUCGGCCAGCUCUGUACAGAUCUCGAGGAAGUCAUCCAGGCGGAGUACCAUCAGCAACUGUUUUCCGUGCUCAUCCCUACGCUUGAAGCUCCCGAGUCGAGAGUACACGCCCACGCCGCAGCCGCCCUCAUCAACUUCUGCGAAGGAGUCGAGCGCGACACGCUUAUCCCCUACCUCGAUCCUAUCGUCGAGCGCCUCCUCAAACUCCUUAAUCCUGCUGGCCUCUCUUCCGCGAACGCAGAUGCGAAUGGGGCUGGGAACGAGAAUGGGACGGGCGUGAAGAGAUAUGUGCAGGAGCAGGUGAUUACGACGUUGGCGAUGGUUGCGGAUGCGAGUGAGGCUACGUUUGCGAAGCAUUACUCGAGCAUCAUGCCUUUGCUCCUCAAUGUCCUCAAGAAUGCGAAUGGACCGGAGUAUAGGAAGUUGAGAGUCAAGGCGAUGGGGUGUGCCGGGUUGAUCGCGAUCGCGGUGGGACGAGACGUGUUUAGGCCAGACUCCCAAGUCUUCGUAGAGCAAUUGAUCCGAAUACAAAACAGCCCAGUCGAUCCCGGCGAUGCCAUGCUGCCGCACUACCUCAUCGCGACGUGGGCGAAGGUCUGCCAGGCCAUGGGCCCCGAGUUCGAACCUUAUCUACCUGCGGUUAUGCCGCAAUUGUUAAGGGCUGCGAGUGUGAAGGCAGAUGUUUCGAUCUAUGAAGACGAAGACGUCCCGGAAGACAAAGAAGGCUGGGAGACGAUUACUAUGGACGGGAAACAGGUCGUCGUUCGCACUUCCGCCAUCGACGAGAAAUGUCAAGCCUUUGAGACGUUGGUGAACUACGUGUCUACACUCGGGACGCAGUUCGCUCCCUAUUUGAGUCAGACGCUCAAGCUUGUGUUGCCAAGCUUGAGGUUCUAUCUGCAUGAUGGUGUCAGGGAGGCCUGUGCGAUGAUCGUACCCAUGCUCAUCUCUGCCGGCAAAAACUCGAACACGCUAACGAAUCAAAUGAUUUCUGUGACCUACUCCCAAGUCAUCGCCUGCAUCGCCAUCGAAUCUGACGCUUCCUUCCUCUCGUCCCUCUACAGAUCCCUCUCCGACACCCUUCGCGUCGUGGCUGGCCCUUCCUCC